UCCCCCCACAUUGACAGGGGGUGGUGCUGCUGCUGCUGCGGUAGCUACAGCAGCAGCUGGUGGUGGUGCCGCGUCUAAGACUGCGGCUACUGCAGUGGGUACAUCGCUCGAACCGUCGUCUUGCUAAGCCUCUGGACGUUCGCGGGCGGGCUACCUUAAUUUAUUUAUUUUAUAUCUUUUUUUAUAAUUUUUAAAAAACACCGCAAUCUUUAUUUAAUUAUUUUUCCUACAUCGCCGGUCGCCAGCACGAAAUUUUUGUUUUAUUUCGCUUAGUGGAUUUUUAAAAAAAAAUGAUAUUUAUGCGGAAUUGAUGGGGGGGGAGAGAAGAGGGAGAGGGGGUGUUCUAAUUAAUUUGUAAUUUAAAAAAAUAAAAAAUAAUUAAGCAUUAUUUAUUUAUUUCCUAGGGGGGGUGGAUAUAGAACGCUGUUACGAUGAUGACAGUGAAAACAUUAACGCAUCAUCAUCAUCUUGUAGUUUCGUAACAACACCAACAACAUCAACAUCGCUGAUGAUGGUGAUGAUGAUGGUGGUGGUGACCACAGUGGUGAUGUAACACACCAUUGUGUUGUUCUUUGUGUGCACGCUGUCCUUACGGGAGAUAUUUAAAUCAAGGUUAUAAUAAUCACAACAUCAUCAUUAUUAUUGUGAGUGUGUGUGGUGGGUGACACUCCAUCAAGCCGGUGUUUCUGCUCCUGCUCCAAGACUCUCAGCAGCUGCACCACCACCACCGCCAUCCAUUGUCCUGGAGCGUCCGCCUGAGGACCAUCGUCGGAACGGCCCCGAGGAGCCUUCGCUGACCGCGGGGGUGGAGCCCACAACCUGCAUGUCGCCUGAAGCCCAUUUCUGUCCGACCGCUGACGCCCCCCUAGGAUGUCCGGUUAUGUUGAGGUCCAGGACAAAGCGCCAACCCCUCCGGUCAGAAUGAACUCGGCGUUGCUCAACUCGGCGUCGGUGGGGUGCAGCGGCGGGCCCCGGGAGCGCGAGGCCGGCUCGGCAAAGCCCCUGCCCUCCGCGCCGGAGGAGAAGAACCGCAAGGCCAGGCUCAUGUCCAUUUUCCAGGACAAGAAGAAAAGUGUCCCCAAGGAGCGCCCCGAGAUCUCUCUCCCCUCGGACUUUGAGCACACGGUGCACGUGGGCUUUGACGCCAUGACCGGCGAGUUCACGGGCAUGCCGAGCCAGUGGGCGCGGCUGCUGCAGAUCUCCAACAUCAGCGUGUCGGAGCAGAAGCGCAACCCUCAGGCCGUGCUGGACGUGCUCAAGUUCUACGACUCCAAGGAGAGCGUCCACCAGAAGUACAUGAGCUUCUCCUCGCUGCCCGGUACGCCCCGCAAGCCCACGUCUCUCGCUCGCUCAGUCGCUCGGUCACCCGGAGACGAGGAUGACGACAGCCCGCCUCCGGCCAUCGCUCCUCGGCCCGAGCACACGAAAUCGAUCUACACCCGCUCGGUGCUGGAGCCUGUGGCCGCCCCGGCGACGGUCGCCACGGCGACGGUCGCCACGGCGACGGUGGGGACCCCGAACGACAAUCGCCAGCGGCGCAAGAACAAGAUGACGGAUGAGGAGAUACUGGAGAAGCUGCGAACCAUCGUGACGAUCGGCGACCCCAAGAAGAAGUACACACGCUUCGAGAAGAUCGGCCAGGGGGCGUCUGGCACCGUCUACACUGCCAUCGACGUCGCCACGGGGCAGGAGGUGGCUAUCAAGCAGAUGAACCUACAGGCAGCAGCCCAAGAAGGAGCUGAUCAUCACGAGAUCCUGGUGAUGAGAAGAACAAGAAACCCCAACAUCGUCAACUACCUGGACAGCUACCUGGUUGGCGAGGAGUUGGUCGUCAUGGAGUACCUCCCCGGCUCGCUGACCGACGUCGUCACGGAAACGUGCAUGGACGAGGGUCAGAUCGCCGCUGUCUGUCGCGAGUGCCUACAGGCGCUGGAGUUCCUGCACUCCAACCAGGUGAUCCAUCGCGACAUCAAAAGUGACAACAUCCUCCUGGGCCUGGAUGGCUCCGUCAAGCUCACGGACUUUGGCUUCUGCGCCCAGAUCACGCCGGAGCAGAGCAAGCGCAGCACCAUGGUUGGCACCCCCUACUGGAUGGCGCCCGAGGUGGUGACACGCAAGGCCUACGGGCCAAGGUGGACGUCUGGAGCCUGGGCAUCAUGGGCCAUCGAGAUGGUGGAGGGAGAGCCUCCAUACCUCAACGAGAACCCGCUCAGGGCGCUCUAUCUGAUCGCCACCAACGGCACACCAGAGCUGCAGAACCCCGAGAAGCUUUCCGGCGUCUUCCGAGACUUCCUCAACCGCUGCCUCGAGAUGGACGUUGAGAAGAGAGGCUCAGCUAAGGAGCUGCUACAGCACCCAUUCCUGAAGCUGGCUAAGCCCCUUGCCAGCCUCACCCCCCUCAUCCUCGCCGCCAAGGAGGCCGCCAAGAACAAUCACUGAGCCCUCGCGGCGGCCGCGGGCCACCACGGCGGUGGCGACGGCGGUGACGAGACGAAGAUUCAUGAGAGGAGGAAGAGGAGGAGGAGGAGGAGGAGUUGGUGGUGGUGGUGGUGGUGGUCA